CCGGAGACAGCGUCACGGGACGAAUUAAAUCGCAGGGAAACCUUGAAAUUGGUUUGAAUCUCGGGCGGUCUUUUCGAGAUGAGUAACAACGAGCUUCUCACAAUCACGCCUCUGAACCUUCAAUUCCCUUUUGAAUUGAGGAAGCAGAUCUCUUGCUCUCUUUACUUGACGAACAAGACAGACAACCACGUGGCCUUUAAGGUUAAGACGACGAAACCCAAAAAAUAUGGCGUUAGGCCUAACAUUGGAGUUGUUCUUCCAAGGUCCACUUGUGAAGUUCGUGGUCCGAUUUGGAAAUUGAUGAAUCUCCUUGUUUGGUGUUUGUCGACCAUGCAAGCACAAAAGGAAACCCGUUCUGAUAUGCUCGAGUGCAAGGACAAGUUUCUGGUCCAAGGUGUAAUUACUAGUCCUGGUGUCACCGCCAAGGAAGUUACUCGUGAGAUGUUUAGCAAAGAAGCGGGGCAUCUAGUUGAGGAGACUAAACUGAGAGUUACUUACACCUUCGCAUGUUGCACUUGCCUCUGAGUUUUCUUGCAAAUAUGCAUCUCUUAGAUUUUAGUGUUUUGGUAAGACAUUUCCUCUUUGCAUAUUGUAGUUUUUCAUUUCAUUAGUAACACUCUUAUAUAGCAAUUCGUCUUGUUUGUAUUUCACCUCUUUAAUAUACAAACAAACCAUAUAUUGAUACCAUAUAUAUUCACAAGGUAUUAAAUCAC